AUGGAGCGGGCAAAGCUGAAGACGCUGGUUAUGGUGGUGCUGGGCAUGCACUCCUGGUGUGCCUCAGGUUUCCCGGUGUACGACUACGACCCUUCGUCUCUGCAGGAAGCUCUCAGUGCCUCAGUGGCAAAGGUGAACUCGCAAUCCCUGAGUCCUUACCUGUUUCGGGCGACCCGGAGCUCCCUGAAGAGAGUCAAUGCCCUGGAUGAAGACACAUUGGUCAUGAACUUAGAGUUCAGUGUUCAGGAAACUACAUGCCUGAGAGAUUCUGGUGAUUCCUCCACCUGCCCCUUCCAAAGGGGCUACUCUGUGCCAACAGCUGCUUGCAGGAGCACUGUGCAGAUGUCCAAGGGACAGGCGAAGGAUGUGUGGGCUCACUGUCGCUGGGCGUCCACAUCCGAGUCCAACAGCAGUGAGGAGAUGAUUUUUGGGGACAUGGCAAGAUCCCACAGACGAAGAAAUGAUUAUCUACUUGGCUUUCUUUCUGAUGAACCCAAAAGUGAACGAUUCCAUGACAGGUCACUUGAGAUUAUGAGGAGGGGAUAUCCUCUUCCUGAUAGAAGGUUCCUGAACCUCCAUCGCAGAGCAAGAAUAAAUUCUGGCUUUGAGUGA